UUUAGGUCCUACAUGUAAACCAGUUAGCUAUUCAUAGGAUAAGAAUUUGUCUAUUUUGUGUGUAAAAGAGUCACACUAAAUUAAAGAUGCAGACUUCUAAAGUUUUCUAGCUUCUAAAACUCGAAUAUUUUUCAAAAAGAGUGAGGGUGUAAUUCUAUUAUCAGACAAAAAGGCAGCAGAUGGGAAACAAAAGACAAAUGUUUUCCACGGGAGUCCUUUUGGCUGUUUUCAUUUCAACUGCACUGGCAGGACCAUGGGCUAAUAUAUGUGCUGGUAAGUCUUCAAAUGAGAUCAGAAUGUGCGACAGCUAUGGCUGUGGUCAGUACGCCACUCAGAGAACUCAUAGACAUCACCAGGGUGUGGAUAUUUUGUGCUCUGAUGGAUCAGUUGUGUAUGCACCUUUUACUGGAAAGAUUAUGGGCCAGGAGAAACCUUAUAAACUCAAAAAUGCUAUCAACAAUGGUGUUCGGAUAACUGGAGGAGGUCUCUGUAUUAAAAUGUACUACAUUAAGCCAAUUAAAUAUAAAGGUUCUAUCAAGAGGGGAGAAAAACUGGGAACUCUGUUGCCUUUGCAGAAAGUUUAUCCUGGGAUACAAUCCCACCUACAUAUUGAAAAUUGCGACCUGAGUGAUCCUACUGCAUACCUUAAAUGAAAGAUGAACCAUCACAUCUUCUAAACAAAAAGUCAUCACUAAACAUGUA